GUCAGCACAAUCAGCUGAGCAAGAAACUAGUAGGAAAUGUUCUGAUCUAGUUAGUUGUCUUUGAACAGAGUAUUUCAUUAUUGAAAAAGCGCUUUAAAAGAUAAUGCCUAGAUGCAAGACAUGUAAUCUCAUUCGCAGCCAGCACUAUGCCGAUUGUGUUGUUUAAUUACUUUUACGCUAGCAACUUGAUUUGAGCUACCCUUGCUAACAUGUUCAUUUCGAUGCACCCUAUAAAUGUUUUUGUCAUCGCGUUGUUAAUGAGAAUACACAAUUCUGCCGGUUCGUCCUAUGAGAUUACAGUGGAUGUAAGAAAUCCAACUGGAAAGCUGAAACAUUUCUGGAGGAGCACUGGUUUCUGCCCCCCUCUUCCACACACCCAGGCUGACCAGUAUGACCUCAGCAGGGACCAGGAGCUGAACAUGGCCUAUGUUGGAUCUGUCCCUCACUGGGGGAUCCAGCAGGUUCGGAUCCACUGGAUGCUGGAGCUGAUCUCAGCACACAUUGACCAAGGAGACCCUCACUACGAUUUUACUAAAUUGGACCAGCUGAUUGACCUCUUAUGGAUAAAUGGACUGCGGCCCGGUUUUGAAUUGAUGGGGAGUGUAAACAACUACUUCACCAACUUUGAGGACAAAAGACAAGUGGUUGAGUGGAGGAACCUGGUGUACCUUACUGCAAAGAGAUACAUUGAGAAGUAUGGCUUGGAAAGUGUAUCUCAGUGGAACUUUGAGACAUGGAAUGAACCAAACAAUCAUGACUUCGACAACGUCACAGUGUCAAUCCAAGGGUUCUUGAACUAUUAUGAUGCCUGCUCUGAGGGCUUACUGGCUGCAAGCAGCGCCCUGCGGUUUGGUGGUCCAGGAGACUCCUGCCACACCCCACCACACUCCCCUUACUGCUGGGCUAUGCUACAGCACUGCUACAACGGAACCAACUUCUUCACUGGGAAGACAGGGGUACGGCUGGACUACAUCGCCCUGCACAAAAAGGGUGGAGGGUAUUCGUUACCGAUUAUGGAACAGGAGAUCCAGACAAUGAGAGAGAUACAGGAGCGUUUCCCUCUCUUCCAAACACUGCAGGUGUACAACGAUGAGGCCGAUCCAUUGGUGGGUUGGUCCAAGCCUCAGACGUGGAGGGCUGAUGUGACAUAUGCAGCCAUGGUGGUCAAGGUAAUCUCCCAACAUCAGAAUCUGCUGUUGUCUGACCAGAAUAACACCAUCAACUACACAUUGCUAAGCAAUGACAAUGCUUUCCUCAGCUACCACCCUCACCCAUUCACCCAGCGAACCCUGACUGCCCGCUUCCAAGUGAACAACACCCAGCCCCCCCACGUCCAGCUGCUCAGGAAGCCUGUUCUGACCGUCAUGGGGUUGCUUACACUUCUAGGAGAGACACAGGUACUGGCUGAUGUUGUUACGUUUGGGGAAAAUGACAACAGCACCGUGGGGGUCCUUGCCAGCACCCAUGACCCUCUCAUGUCCUGGACUUCUGACAGCUGGCAGGCCACAGUGUUGAUUUACAAUAGCCAUGACAACUGCUCAUCCACUGCCACUGACCUUAUCAGGGUCUCGCUUAACGGAUUUCCUCAACGAAACGGGCUUGUGUAUGUGACCUAUUACCUGGACAACAACGUGACCAACCCGUACCAGCUUUGGCAGAGCAUGGGCAGCCCAGACUAUCCCUCAGCAGAGCAGUUCAGACAGCUUAGGAAUAUGGAAGAUCCUUUGGUGGAUGGACCCCUGCCCUUCCCUACUGAAGGUGUCCUGACCCUACAGGCCAAGCUCUCUGUGCCCUCUGUCCUCCUGAUACAUGUGUGUGCCCAGCCUAAGGCCAUACCAGACCAGGUGAAUGGAUUGCGAUUCAUUAGCAUCACAAAAGGCCAAGUUCUGGUUGUGUGGAAAGAUCAUUGUGUCAAUUCCAAAUGCAUUAAAACGUUUGAGGUAGAGUUCUCUAAAGAUCAGAAAAAAUUCCAUAGGGUGAACACCUGGGAUACCAUUUUUACAUCAUAUGUAUACUCACCAGAAAACCUGGACGUUAGUGGCAUCUACAGAGUACGAGCUGUGGACUACUGGGGAAGACCUGGAGAAUAUUCACUGACUGAGAAAUAUUCAGAGAACUAGAAUCAACAAGUUCUACAUGGUACAAUGACUGACAUUUUACACUUUUGCACAUAUUGAAAAUAUAUUAUUUCUGAAAGUAUCUUUUGAAACUGUCAGAUUCUAUAUGGUAAAAUAAGUGCUUUUCAAUCAACCGUUUUUACUGUCAUUUUGUAUGAACAAAAUCCAGACAGGUGUGAGGAAAUAUAACCUGAUGUCUGACAGGGUUGCCUGUUGUUGUUGUUGUGCUCUGGCACCUUCGUGGUAGUUCAGGCACCUGAAAGCUCAAACUAACAGGUCCCAAAUCAGUGGUCUGUCCUCCACUCCACCCUCGGCCUUCCAUUUGCGUGUUCAUAUGUGGCUCUUUUUCCUGUUUACAUGCUGAUUGAUUUUCAGCUGUUUGAUAAAUACCGGUAGUAAAUAUUGCUCCUAUCCAUAUCUCAUCAUAAAGCCUAGGUUGGCCUAAAUGCAUUGUAUUUUCAAGCUGUUGGGAAAUACAUAGGUACCAAUUAUUUUAACUGGAAUGUAGAUAAAUAUGUAUACCGGUAUUUUAUUCAUUUUCUUUAUGCAGAUUUAUGAAUACUGUGUUGCCAAUUGGAUGGAAACAUAGCUAGUGAUAACAUUAGAAUGCUAACAUUAUAUCUUUACCCUGGAUAAUGUAUUCAAAGACACUGACAAUGUUACAUUUCUUUUAAACAUUUAUUAUUGCCCACACAAACUGAUCAACAAUUAGGGAAACAAGUGUUAAUAUCAAUUUUGGUAAUUGGUUAUGAAAAGGGCCCUGUGUACUUGCAAUGCUAAAGUUGUGGAUUUGAUUUUGAAAAUAUGAAAAUGUAUGCAAUCACUACUUGUAAAAGAAGAAUAUGUCCAAUUAAUUAUUCUGCAUAAAUGUAAGCCAUUGGAUUGGUGCAAGCAACAUGCAUUUUCCAAAGAGGCAUAUCAUUAUUUGUGUAUUAGAACAAAUAUUACAUUUAAAAAUCUCAUUUAGGCGGUUUCCCUCUUUAGUUGGAGGUAGACAUCACUAUCCAAGGGAUCCCUUUGCAGCUUGGCAGCACAGCAAGUUUCUUCGGAGUAGAUGUUUAGCAAGCUCCUAUUGAGGAUUAUGAAAAAACAACAAGGUUAGAUGGGGACUGAUGUUGGUGAAAGUAGACCAAAGGAUUAGCAACAUUUGACACCAUAUUUACUUCGCUCUUUGUCAUUUAGGGUGAGUUAAUGUAAAGCACUUUCUAAAAACUGAAGUAAGCAGGGCUUUAUAACUCAAAUAUGAAUAACUUGACAAGUACCAGACUGCAGCACAGGCUCAAACUGUCCGGCCAUGCAGAUCUCCUCCUGCUUGACGCGAAUACUCCUCUGGAUGGCUGGGGGCAGUCCCCGGGGGCUACGGGCAAAGAUCAGGGAGUAGCCAUCCUCACAGCUUCCAUCCUCCUUCAGGGUACGGCAGGCAUAGGUGAUGG